AGUUUAGCAAGGCCUGAUGCCUCUUGAGCUUUUUCCUUUAUAGCACCAUUGAAUCCGUCUCUACAGAAAUACUGUGAAUUUUGUGGCCUCAUUUUGAACAAAACGGAUUAGGAAAAAAUUGCUUGAUAAUAAAACUGUGGAAAGCAAGGACAGGCAAUCUUGGUUGUGAAUAUUUUCUGAUUUUUCCAGAAAUCAAGCAGAAGAUUGAGCUGCUGAUGUCAGUUAACUCUGAGAAGUCGUCCUCUUCAGAAAGGCCAGAGCCUCAACAGAAAGCCCCUUCUGCACCUCCACCCCCACCACCUCCACCUCUGCCAGAGCCAACGCCACCAGAACCAGAGGAAGAAAUUCUUGGAUCUGAUGAUGAAGAGCAAGAAGAUCCUGCAGAUUAUUGUAAAGGUGGCUAUCAUCCAGUGAAAAUUGGAGAUCUUUUCAAUGGCCGAUAUCAUGUUAUUAGAAAGCUAGGAUGGGGACACUUCUCUACAGUUUGGCUAUGCUGGGACAUGCAGGGGAAAAGGUUUGUUGCAAUGAAAGUUGUAAAAAGUGCCCAGCAUUAUACAGAGACUGCCUUGGAUGAAAUAAAGUUGUUGAAAUGCGUUCGUGAAAGUGAUCCCAGUGAUCCAAACAAAGACAUGGUUGUACAGUUAAUUGAUGACUUCAAAAUUUCAGGAAUGAAUGGAAUACAUGUGUGCAUGGUUUUUGAAGUACUUGGACAUCAUCUUUUAAAAUGGAUAAUCAAAUCCAACUAUCAAGGCCUUCCUAUACGUUGUGUAAAAAGUAUAAUUCGACAGGUCCUUCAAGGUUUAGAUUACUUACACAGCAAGUGCAAGAUCAUCCAUACGGAUAUUAAACCAGAGAAUAUCUUGAUGUGUGUGGAUGAUGCCUAUGUCCGUAGAAUGGCUGCUGAAGCUACAGAAUGGCAGAAAGCUGGUGCUCCUCCUCCUUCUGGUUCAGCAGUGAGUACUGCCCCACAACAAAAGCCUGUUGGUAAAAUAUCGAAAAACAAAAAGAAAAAACUGAAGAAAAAACAGAAGAGGCAAGCUGAGCUGCUAGAGAAACGCCUGCAGGAAAUAGAAGAACUAGAGCGAGAAGCUGAAAGGAAAAAAAUAGAAGAAAAUGUAACCUCAGCAGUACCAUCAAAUGAGCAAGAAGAUGAAUACCACCCAGAGGUCAAACUAAAAACAGCUGAUUUAGAGGAGGUAGCAGAUGAAGAGCCUGGGAAUGAUGAUGGCGAAGCAGAAGAUCAGGAAGAAAAAGAGGACACAGAAAAAGAAAAUACUGAAAAAGAUGAUGAUGUGGAACAGGAACUUGUCAACACUGACCCUACAGACUCUAAGUGGAUAGAAUCCCCCAAAACAAACGGUCAUAUUAUAAAUGGUCCAUUCUUAUUGGAACAACAGAUUGAAGAUGAAGAUGAGGAAGAGGAAGACUGUCCAAACACUGAGGAGUAUAGCCUCGAUGAGUCAAAUGCAAAAAGUGAUUAUUCCUAUAGUAGCUCCUAUGAACAGUUUAAUGGUGAAUUGCCAAAUGGAUGUCAUAAAAUUCCUGAGUCACAGUUCUCUGAAUUUUCAGCUUCAGUGUUCUCUGGAGCAUUAGAAUCUGUAGCUUGUGGUUCAGCCCUUUCUGAGGGAUCAACAAUAACGGAAAGAGAGGAAAGCAGCCCAUCUCAUGAUAGGAGCAGAACAGUUUCAGCAUCUAGUACUGGGGAUUUGCCAAAAACAAAAACUCGUGCUGCUGACUUAUUGGUUAAUCCCCUGGAUCCAAGAAAUGCAGAUAAAAUUAGAGUUAAAAUUGCUGACCUGGGAAAUGCUUGCUGGGUGCAUAAACACUUCACAGAAGACAUCCAGACAAGGCAGUAUAGAUCCAUAGAGGUUUUAAUAGGAGCAGGUUACAGUACACCUGCUGAUAUCUGGAGUACAGCAUGUAUGGCAUUUGAGCUUGCAACUGGAGAUUAUUUGUUCGAACCACAUUCUGGUGAAGACUAUUCCAGAGAUGAGGACCACAUAGCACACAUCAUAGAGCUGCUAGGCAAUAUCCCAAGGCACUUUGCUCUAUCUGGAAAAUAUUCUCGGGAAUUCUUCAAUCGCAGAGACCACAUAGCAUUGAUCAUUGAACUGCUGGGAAAAAUCCCUCGAAAAUACGCUAUGUUGGGGAAAUAUUCCAAGGAGUUUUUCACCAAAAAAGGAGAACUCCGGCACAUUACCAAGCUGAAACCCUGGAGCCUGUUUGAUGUACUUGUGGAGAAGUAUGGGUGGCCUCAUGAAGAUGCUGCACAAUUUACAGAUUUCUUGAUCCCCAUGUUAGAAAUGGUCCCAGAAAAACGAGCUUCAGCUGGAGAAUGCCUUAGGCAUCCAUGGUUGAAUUCUUAGCAGCCUCAAAAUACAGUGCUAAGCCAGCAACCACUUUCCAUUGCAUCAAACCUAAAUGGGGACUAUCACAAAACAGGAUCACAAAUGAGCUGGCUUCAUCCUCAGACCUUUAUUUUGCUUUGAGGUACUGUUUGACAUUUUGCUUUUUGUGCACUGUGUUCUUGGGGAAGGGUAGUCUUUUUGUCUCCAGCUAGUAGUUUACUGACCCACUUUCUUCAGAAAACACUUACCGUGUCUUUAAGCAUUGUUUCUUGUGUUGUGUGGCAUUCAAAUGUCAAUUUUUUGAACAAAAAGUACUUUUUCCCCCCAAUGUGUUUUGCCAGGUUUUGUAACUAUUUAUGAAUAAUAUUUUAGCUGAGUAUUAUAUAAUUUACAAGCUUAAGAAAUUAUCAAAUCAGUACUGAGAAAUGGCAAGGAAUUGUACAAUUUUAUCUUCUGGCAAAGGGACAUCAUUCUUGUAUUAUAGUAUAUGUAAAUGCACCCUGUAAAUGUUUAUUUCCAUUUAAAUAUGGGAUGGGGAUUCAAUUUCAGAGUAAAGCUACUAAGUUUUAGAGAGCAUUGUAGCAUACAAAUUGCAUGUAGUGAACUUCAACUGCUUUAAAGAGUUGUGUAAACUUUCCAUCUGCAGCAGUUCCCAUUCAUUGGAUUUUACACAAAGUGGCUCUGGUUUACAAGAUUUCAUUCCCCAAAUGGCACUUUAAAGGAAGGCUAGACUUCUUUCUACUAAAGUAUGCAUUAUCAUUUAGCACUCCCUUUUAGAACUUUUGCCUAUUUUAAGUGCUUUUAAAAGAGAAAAUAGCAAUUUCCCUUUUAAUGUGAUAGUGAAGAUAUGGUACCAGAUGGUGUUGCCUUUUUUUAAGCACUGUAAGUUGUACUAUACUAAGAGAUUAAAAGUGAGCAUGGGAAACAUUCUGUGUAGAGUUACUGCUCUUUUACAAAAAUGUGUGCUUGGAGUCAGAGUAGAUACAAAAGCAGUUUUGGUACAGUGCAGUCAGCACAAUUAUCUGACGGUACGGAGAGAUCACGCUCAUUCCAUUCAUAGCUUUACAUGUUUUCUAAAACAAAUUGCACUAGCUUAACUUUUUCCCAUGAAUUAACAUAUAUAGAAAUAAGAUUUCCCUUUGUAAAUUGCACGCAAAACUUUUAAAUGUUUCCUAGAAAAAGGCUAACUAGACUCACUCAUAGGCAAUACAGAUUUUAGAAUGUAAAAAUAUGGAGAUGUAUUUUGGCCUCUUUUAGAAGUCAGUGGGAUGAAUGUAAGUUUAUUUCUGGUUUUACAUGUUAAUUAUGGUGCCACUUUUUCUUGACUCUGUCCAUUUGAAAUUUAUUCACAUGCCUUUGCAAUAACUAGAUUGUGAGAAGGUAGCCCUGUGUUGUAACAAUAACAAAUUGUUUGAGGUGCUUGCAGUUGUCUAAUUAAAGUGUUUUGUUUUUUCAGACAUUGUGCUAGUCAUUGGAAUGUUUGGUAGAGAUAAAUCCAGCUGCGCUGCAGUCCCAUUUCCCAUUAUAGCUAGCACAAAUUAAAAGAAACAUGCUAAAAUGGCAGUUGACAA